UUUUUCCGCAACGGAAACGUUUUUGGUCGAGACAACUCGCCUGCGGUGAGAAAGCAGCUCAUGUCGACAGUUUGCGCGCGGCCACGCUGUCAUACGGUCGUUCUUCGGAGGUGGUCUUCUCAGGGGAAACUGUCUUCUCUUUGAAACAGGGUAUCAAGGUCAGCCGGCGCGACGAGACACGGCGGUAUUCAGAUCUUGGCAAACCGCAGUUACGCGCCGGCGACAGAUCAUCCUUAGCUUCCUUUAGACGUGCAUGCCGAGGAUAACGGCAAGCUCUUUGCGUGCGUUUACAAGUAACCUCGCAUCGAACGUCGUCUACGACCCAAAUUCAUCAUGAAGUGGUUGGCGUGGUUGGUUGCGGGAUUUGUUCUAUUGUCAGCGAUACCGUGCAGCGUUUCACGAAGCCUUAAGGAUGUUAGUACGGAUAAACGAUCAAAGCGCAGUAUUGACUUAAAUGAUGUCUACUACUCCAAAAUGCGUCAGUACAGAUUACCGAAUGAAGUUACGCCAACCAGUUAUCACGUGCAUCUCGUUAUUCCACCGUUCUUUGAGAAGGAAUCCGACAACAAAUUCGUCGGUCACGUAAAGAUAAACUUUACUUGGUCCGACACGAGCGACAGGAUAAUAUUGAACGCACAUCCGACGUAUGAGAUUAAUACGGUUAACAUCCGAAUGCUUCAAUUGCCGUCCGAUGAAGCAGAGAAGGGCGUUCCAAUGGAUGUUUACAUCGCAAAUUGGGCACUGCAAAAACAAAAGUACUGGCUAGUCAUUAAUCUAGAACAGAUGGUGAAAAAUGGUAGCGUGUGCGAGCUCGAUGUCACAUAUAAGGGAAAUAUAACGACCAACGAAACUACCGGGCUCUACAAAAGUGCAUACAUAGACUCAGACGGUCGAACACACUCGUUCGUUGCCACUUAUUUGCAAUUAGACAACGCGAGGAAAAUGUUCCCGUGUAUGGAUGAACCACCUUACAAAGCGACAUUUAAAAUGACGUUGACGUAUUCCAAAGACCUGACGGCGCUCACAAAUAUGCCAUCAAUUUCUCGACGCGAUGGUGAAUCAGCAAACACGGUCGUCGAGGAGUUCGAAGAGACACCUCGAAUGUCGACGAACCAAUUAGCCCUCCUGCUGUCAGAUCUGCAAUACAUCGAGCCCACGGCUGAGAUAAACGAGAUGGACGGGAAGAGACUGCGAGUGAAAGUCUGGGCUCGCAAAGAAUUUAUCGAAUCGUUAGUCAGUGUCCCUAACAAAAUCGUGAGGAUUGUUAAUUAUCUACAAAAUUACUUCAACAGCUCCAUCGGGAUAUCAAAAUUGGACGUCGUAGCGCUGCCCAUGUACAGCGUUUCUAAAGCUUCUGACAAUUGGGGUCUCAUGUUCUUCAAAGAAAGCGAGCUCAGUAGUCCUCUGUUCUGGUCUACAACCUACGAACUCCUUUAUCAAUGGAUCGGUCAAUCCGUCACUCCGUAUCGUCGAAAUGACGCGCCUGUUAACAAGGCUUUAAAUUCGUUAUUGGCGUCAAUGGCAACAUUUGAUCUCAAUCCGGACGAAAUGGAAGGAAAGUGGCCAAUGACAAUGUUAUAUCCUCUAUAUUACGAGUUCGCGCAGACAGCACCUUUCUCCAGAGUGGCCGGCAUUCGACACGAAGCAACGUGGACGAAAGCCGAGUUGGUUUUCCGAAUGUUCAAUUACACUCUCGGUCGUGGCCAGUUCCAAAAAGGCGUGAUGAACUUUUUCCAUCAGCUAUCGAAAGAGAAUCGCAGAACCUUUUUUCACGACGACAUCUUUAUUUAUUUGAAUGAGGUGGCCGAUGAUUUACCACCGGGUUUGACCAUCAACAGCAUUGCCGCGUCGUGGAUCAAUCGGGACAGAGUGCCGUUGGUCACGGUCAUUCGUGAUUACAAAACUGAGAAAAUUAAUCUCAGCCAGAAAGUGUAUUUGAGAGACAUACCGCCACAAUCGACGGCAAAAGUGUCCUAUCAGUGGGACAUUCCUAUAGUAAUGCAGGCCCAAGACAAGUUGAACUUCUCCAAUACAAAACCGACUGUGUGGCUGACAAGAAAGAUCGAACCAAAAAAUCUAACCAUCCCGGACAUCACAAUAAAAGAUAAUUUCAUUAUCGUUAAUCCCGAAGAAAUAGGAAUGUUUCCGGUAAACUACGAUUCCUGCAACUGGAAGUCACUGUCAAAGUAUUUACGUGGACCAGACCGCGAGAAAAUACCUCCGAUAACGAGAGCAAAGCUUCUGCACGACGCGUGGAACCUGGCGUACGCCGGCGAGCUGUGUUUCAGCGUCGCCAUGAACAUGACACUUUUUCUCAAGGAAGAGAAAAACCACGUGGUUUGGGAGCCGGUGUUCACGAUGAUUCAUCAUGUUGGUCGGAGGAUCGAGGGUCUGGAUGUAUAUUUGAAAUUCGAGGCCUAUAUUAGAAGCUUGCUGAAGCCACUCUACUUGGAACUUAGCGAAAACCCGCAGCCUAACGAACCGUCCUGGAAAACUCACAUGCGUGGUCUUAUGAAAAACUUCCUCUGCCGUGCCGGAUACGAGCCUUGCAUCAAAGAGGCACGCGAUCAUUUCAAGAAAUGGUUAACUGACGAGGAACCGGACAAAGGGAAUCCAGUCGCCAAUGAGUUCCUUUGUCCAGUCUUCAAAUGGGGUACCGAUGACGAAUGGGAGUUUGGAUUGCAGCGCGUCAUAAAUUUCCCGAAGACUAGUCUGGCAAGAAAACAGAACGAGCGCACCUAUUUGUUAAAGACUCUAGCGGGGUGUCCGAAGGAUACAAACAAGAUCGAAAGAUUGUUACAAGUGACUGUACUGGAUCAGAACGAGAAUUUUACGGACGCGGACAUCCACCUGAUCUUUAGCAUGCUGACUGGUAGCGCGACCGGUUACAAAACGUUGUUCAACUUUUUGCAUGAGCACUGGUACACCGUGAAAAAGCGUUUUGAAAGCAAGGCUUAUCUUUGGGACGGUAUCGUUAACUUUGCCACAUCGUCGUUUAACACGCAAGAAGGUUAUGAUAAGGUGAACAAGCUCUACAUGGACCAUCGGGACGAAUUUGAAUCGGCGGACGCCAUCAUCAAGAAAGCGCUUACGAUUAUCAAGCAGGAGACCAAGUGGAACGAGGAAAACGUGCCGGUGAUCGACACUUGGCUCAACGAGAAUCUAUCCAAGGAAGAUUUGGACGCAAUUGCAACUUCAACGUCCACUGAGAACUCUUCGAUAACCACUGUACCAACAACGACAGAUUAAUUCAGCUAUCAUAAGAAAUACACUUUACGUACUCUAUAGUUGUGAAUAGAAUAAAUAAACGCAACAUUUAAUUUUUUUCUAAAUGCUAGAAAGAUUACAACAGAAGCACGCGCGUUACGCGCGAGCCAUUUUACUUUUCAAAUAACGUACGUAUCUAUAAUUUUUAUUAAUAUAAACUGUUGUUAAAAAUAUAUACGUAGAAUACUAAAUAGAUUUAGAAGAGUCAAAAAAUGUGUUUCUUUUAUAUAAAUAUGUUUAUUUCAUAAGUUAAUAAAUAUCAAAAUUUUAUAGGUAUAUUAAUCAAAAAGAUAUAGAUUUUUGGCCAAGGGCCGAGUUAAAAAA